AUGGGGACGUUCCUGAUAAGAACGGCAUUGGUGGGGACGACCUUGACUAAGCCUACCUGGGUAUGGACGGCCCCAAGCAAUAAUGUCGUUGGGAUAAAGCAACUCGGUGACAAGACAUAUGACGGCGACGUUGCAGGCUCUGACACAUCCGGCGCAUUUCACUGGAGAAUUGCUUUCGCCAUUGAAGAUGACGAGAAUUCUCUGCUGCGUUACUUUUGCAAAGAUAUCUCAUGCUUUGCUAUUUCACGUCCUUGUUCCGCAAUAACAAUCAGAGAUUAUUCUUCUUCUCAGAGCAACACAUCUAUUUCUUCGGCAAAGGGUAAAUGCAGGUUUGAUAACGUCAAGUGCUUAGAUGAUGCUGUGAGUCUUUUCCGUCGAAUGGUAAGAACGCAGCCUCUUCCUUCAGUUUUUGACUUCUCCCAAUUAUUAAAGACUAUGGUAAAUAUGAAGCAUUACUCUGCUGUUGUUUCACUUUUUGGAGAAUUGCUGAAAUCGGGUAUCCCAAUUGAUGGUUUCAUCUUGAGUAUCGCGAUCAACAAUUAUUGCCUAAUGCAUCGUUCUGACUGCGGAUUUUCGGUGUUAGCCAUUUACUUGAAGAAUGGCAUUCCAUUUAAUGUUGUCACGUUUAGCACCAUACUAAGGGGACUCUUUGCGGAAAGUAAGAUAAAAGAUGCAGUUAACUUGUUCAAAAAGUUGGUGAGAGAGAAUAUUUGUGAGCCUGAUGAAUUCAUGUAUUCAAUUAUCAUGAAUGGGCUUAGCAAAAGGGGUCAUACUCAAAAAACUUUUGAUUUGCUUAGGGUAAUGGAACAAGGAAGCACUAAGCCCAAUGCAUACAUCUAUAGCAUUGUUAUAGAUGCCCUAUGCAAAGAUAGGAUGUUAGAUGCUGCUAUUAGCCUUUUUGAAGAGAUGAAACAAAAAGGCAUUCCUCCCAACGUUGUCACAUAUAGCUCAUUGAUUGAUGGUUUAUGUAAGCUUGGCCAGUGGGAAAAGGUUAGGACUUUGUUCUUCGAAAUGGUAAAUCUUAAUAUUUAUCCAGAUGUCCGCACCUUCAACAUACUGACAGAUGGUCUAUGCAAAGAAGGAAAAGUUGAAGAUGCUGAGGAGGUAAUGAGACACAUGAAUGGAAAAGGUGUGGAGCCUAAUGUGGUCACCUACAAUGUGAUAAUUGAUGGAUAUUGCUUGAGCGGUCAAAUGGAUAAAGCAAGGAGACUUUUCGAUACAAUAAUAGUUAAGAGCAUUAAGCCUGGCAUUGUUAGCUAUAACACUUUAAUAAAUGGAUACUGUAAGAACAAUAAAUUGGAUGAUGCCAUGGAUUGGUUUCAUGAAAUUUCUCGAAACGGAUUGGAACAUAGCAUUGUUACCUACAAUACUAUCUUGCAGAGUCUACUUGAAGUUGGAAGAAUUGACUUUGCGCAAAAAUUCUUUGCUGAGAUGCUAUCUAUAGGGCUCAAACCUGAUUUAUGUACUAAUCGCAUUUUGCUCGGUGGUUAUUUCCAGAACGGGCUACUUGAGAAAGCUAUGUCGCUAUUUCAUGAGUUGGAAGUAAAGAGAGAAGAUACUGAUAUUGAGUUUUACACCAUUAUUAUUGACGGAUUGUGCAAAAAUGAUUUAGACCCACGCUAUUCAAACUUCAAUGACAUCAUCAUCCAUCCAAUUAUCGACAUGGAUGUUGACGUGAUCACCAUCGUGACCUUCAGGUCAGGUGAGAAGUUUCUUUUUGUGUUCCGCGAGGGAGUGAAUUAUGGUACUGGGAUUGCGCUGGAGUAUACGACAUCCAUUAGCCAAGGAUUCCAUCGACAGAACAAAUUGCUGACAGGAUCAGCAAGAUCCUUGAUACCAACAUUCUCUGGGGUAGCCCUGUCUAUAGCUUCUAGAUGCACAAGUAUACUGAAGUUAAGCCCGCCCUCAACAACUUGGUUGCAGCUGCUAAGCUCUUCCGCGCACAGUUGGCCAGCACCAAGGGAGCUUGACUUACCUACACGACAAUAUCUGGCAUUUUGAAAGAUGAUGCUGUGCACAGCAGAUGAUACUAUGUUAUGAUGUUGUGAAAAGACAAACCACAUAUUUGGAGCCUUUGGUGAUUUUGGUAACUGGGGAAAAUAAAUCAAUUGCUGGAAUUAUAUUUGGACCCUUUGGUGAUUUUGGUAACUGAGGAAAAUAAAUCAAUUGCUGGAAUUACUAGAGAAAGAGGUGUCAACCACUUUCAAAAGACAUUGAAGGAGAAGUCUUUCAUGGGGAUGCUUUACAGUCCAAGAAACAGGCAGAAGACGCCAAGGUUGCUUAUAUGGCUUUAACAAU